AUGAACACCCGCUUUGCCCAGUUCAAGCUCGUCCUCCUAGGUGAAUCCGCCGUCGGCAAGAGUUCUAUAGUUCUACGAUUCGUCAAGGAUCAAUUCGACUCGUUCCGAGAAUCCACCAUCGGUGCCGCCUUCCUCACCCAGACUAUUUCGCUUGAUGAGAACACGACGGUAAAGUUCGAGAUAUGGGAUACCGCCGGUCAGGAGCGAUACAAGUCGCUAGCUCCCAUGUACUACCGCAACGCCAACUGCGCAGUAGUAGUUUAUGAUAUUACACAGGCUUCGUCCCUAGACAAGGCCAAGUCGUGGGUUAAGGAACUCCAAAGGCAAGCCAACGAGAACAUCAUUAUCGCCCUCGCCGGAAACAAGUUGGAUCUCGUUACCGAGCAGCCCGAUAAGCGAGCUGUGCCCACCGCCGACGCCGAAGCGUACGCCAAGGAAGCCGGCCUCCUCUUCUUUGAAACCUCGGCAAAGACGGCCGAGAACGUGCGAGACCUCUUCACUGCGAUAGCGAAGAAGCUCCCUCUAGAUCAGGCUGGUCCCAGGGGCGGUGCCCGUCCUGGCCCUGGCCGUGGUGGUGUCAACCUUACCCCCGAGAACCAAAACACCAACGUCAGCGGCCCUUGCAGCUGUUAA